GUGUGUAUGUGUGUGUGUGUCACAGUGUACAUGACAACUUGUAAUGCGGCCAUAUACCGCUAUAUGAUUGUUUGUGUAACCUACUAAAACUGUGCACAUGAUAGUGAGCACGUAUGCUGAUGAAUAUUUAACCGUCCUGGUCAAUAUCCAGUCAAGAGUACUGUGUCAUGCCAUGUUCAAAGUUCAAAUCAGGCUUUUCUAGUUACGACUGGUUAUGACUGGUUGUGACGCAGUUCUAAAAUAGACGAACAACAUUUAAGCUCAGCAGGUCCAAGGAGAGAAGACAUCCCACAAGUCUGAAGUUCUGACUGUCUUCAAAAGAAACUUUUGACAAACUUCAAGUUCCAGGGUUUGUGCAGAUAAUCGUGAAGCCUUGGUUGUGACUGACAGCUGUCCCUGCAUCAUAAUCUAGGUUUGACAGCCUAAGUGCAGUAGGCUGUCAAGAAGUCCUGUAUCUGAAAGUUGUCAGUCUUCACAACAUCAGUAUCAAGGACAUUUACUGCAUCAUGUUCAAGAAGCCAGCAGGUGUGCUGAUGUUCCUCCUGGUCAUCCUUAAGGUGUUGGGAACUGCAGAAGCUGAUCAUGACUGCAUCUGCAUAACUUCAGUCUGUAACUGCAGAUAUCAGGGCCUCACCAGUCUUCCUCAGGACCUGCCGACAACCAUCACAUGGCUGGGGUUGGGACAUAAUCGAAUCACAACCAUAAGUCAGUCUGAUUUCUCACGUUAUAGGAGCUUAGAGACUUUAGAACUUAGAUGGAAUCGCAUUUCUACUAUCAAUAGCCAGGCAUUCUAUCACUUAUCAAACCUGACGAGGAUAUUUCUUUAUGAGAACCGCCUAACAAUCCUCAGGUCUGACAUGUUUGUAGGGCUGGGAAACUUGGAGACACUUGAAUUACAUUUUAAUGAGAUCAGUGAUAUUCAGGCUGGAACUUUUAAUUCAACACCACAACUGAGAGGGUUGCACCUGUCUAUUAACAAGUUAACACACCUUAGAUCUGACAUGUUCACAGGGCUGGGAAACUUGGAGACACUUGAAUUAGAUUUUAAUGAGAUCAGUGAUAUUCAGGCUGGAACUUUUAAUUCAACACCACAACUGAGAACCUUACACCUUCAUUAUAACAAGUUAUCAACCCUCAGAUCUGACAUGUUAUCAGGGCUGGGAAACUUGGAGAACCUUCAUCUAUAUGAUAAUGACAUUACUGAUAUUCAGGCUGGAACUUUUGAUCAUACACCACAACUGAAAAACUUGGCCCUGUAUAACAACAAAUUAAUAACCCUCAGAUCUGACAUGUUCACAGGGCUGGGAAACUUGCAGGAACUUUCUCUAUACAGUAAUGAGAUCAGUGAUAUUCAGGCUGGAACUUUUAACUCAACACCACAACUGAGAAGGCUGGAACUGUAUAACAACAAGUUAACAACCCUCAGAUCUGACAUGUUCACAGGGCUGGGAAACUUGGGGGGCCUUUCGCUGAGCAAUAAUGAGAUCAGUGAUAUUCAGGCUGGAACUUUUAACUCAACACCACAACUGAGAAGGCUGGAACUGUAUAACAACAAGUUAACAACCCUCAGAUCUGACAUGUUCACAGGGCUGGGAAACUUGGGGGGCCUUUCGCUGCGCAAUAAUGAGAUCAGUGAUAUUCAGGAUGGAACUUUUAACUCAACACCACAACUGAGAAGCUUGUUCCUGUACAACAACCAAAUUCAAUCCAUUCCGUCACACUUACUGGUAAAUCUACAGCACCUGUCAGAUCUUUGGUUGUCAAACAACAACAUCACAAUGUUUCCCUUUGAAGAUUUGGCAAGACUUCAAGCACUUUACGUUCUUUACCUUUACAAUAACCAACUGACAACCCUUCCCUCCGUGGCCUAUGACAUACUUUCAUCCAUCUUCAACAACCCCUGGCCUUAUCAUGUAAACAUUGACAACAACCCCUGGCCUUAUCAUGUAAACAUUGGCAACAACCCCUGGCCUGUUGUAACCAUUCCAGGCAGCAACCCCUGGCAGUGUGACUGUAGGAUGGUUGACUUCAGGCUGAAAAUGACAGGAACGUAUCCUUUUGAAAACAAGAUCACUUGUUCCCAACCCGACAGCCUCAUUGGGCUAAAGCUUAAAGAUGUCCCUCCUGAAGAUCUCAUCUGUGAAGAGCCAGCCAUUGCAAGUUUUCAAGAAAUUGCCAACAACCCCUUGGUACAAGGAGAGUCCAGUAUCCAUUUAUUCUGUGAAACAUCAGGCAUCCCCACACCAGACAUCACGGUCACUCUCCCAUCUGGACUGAAUGCUACUGUUGAGUCAGUUGGGAGGGUGACUGUUGAUGUGAUUGGUACAGUUAUUAUAACAGACGUUACUGCAGCAGAUGCUGGUCUGUACGUCUGUAUUGCGACAAAUGUUGCUGGCUCAACUUUAGCCACUCUGGUUGUAGACCUACAGACAGUGUCAACAGUGACGUCCCCUCUUGCUUCAACUGUAAACAGCCUAGACAGCACCACUGACCAUGACUCUUCUAAACCUACCUUCUCUUCACCUAUUGCUGUCUCUUCACCUUCAAAACUACAAUCUACCCCAGUUUGUCCCUUCCUGUUCUUUUUGCUGCUAUCUUCGGUUCUAUAGCUGGUACCUCACUUGUUGUAGUCAUUAUAUGUGUUAUCCGGUGCAAGAGAAACAACCAGGGUCCUCACAAAGGCCCAGACUUCAGUGUUGUUUUUAACAACACCAACAC